AUGAGUGAGAAUGCUAUGUGGAUCUUCUUACCUCUUGAAGUGGUCGUUGCUGUGGUGUGCUGCCUGGGCAAUGCUCUGGUGAUCUGGGCAGUGAGGGCAGGCGGCUCCCUCAGAAAACCUACAUUCUGCUUCAUCACAGCUCUCGCAGUGGCUGAUUUUCUAGUGGGGUCGGUGGCCAUUCCUCUGGGUGUGCUGGUGGACGUUGGUAUGAAGAUCUCCUUUUAUGGCUGCCUUUUCAUGUGCUGUAAUGUAUUAAUGAUAGAGAUGGCAUCCGUCACUUUACUCCUGGCCAUCGCAGUGGACCGCUUUCUCCGUGUGCACAUCCCUCUCACGUAUAAGACUACAGUCAUUGUAAAACGCUCCUGGAUCGUGGUCACACUCUGCUGGUUCAUGGCUGCAUUAAUCAGUUUUGUUCCUAUGUUUGGAUGGAACAACUCGGACAACUUGGACAACUUGGACAGUACUGUUCAUUCAAACUCCACCAGCUUUAAGUGUGGCUUCUUUGCUGUGGUUUCCACUUCAUAUCUAGUAAAACUCUGUUUCUUGAGCUGUUUCCUUCCUGUGUUGGCGAUAGUGACCGGCUUGUACUGUUACAUCUUCCUGACCACUAGAAGGCAGUUAAGAGCUCAAAUCGGUGUUCGCAAAGAGUCCGGCACCAAUUACCUAAAGGAACAGAGACUUGCUGCUUCACUGGCUCUGGUCUAUGUUCUGUUUGCUGUUGGUUGGAUUCCUGUGUUACUCAUGCAAACUGUAAAACACUAUUAUGGAGUUGAAACAGUGCCCUCUUCUGUUAUGCACGUUGGUGUCCUCUUAUCUCAUGCUAAUUCAGCUGUAAAUCCUGUAGUAUAUUCAUUUAGGAUCCCCAUGAUAAACAAGGCUUUUAGGAAGCUCUGGGUGAGAUUAUUCCACUGUAGAGCACAGCAAGAUAAUGAUCCAAAUAAUGUACAGACAAAUACAGACAACAGCACAAAAAACAGCACCACAUAAAAUACAUAAAAAAGCAAAAUCAAGAGCAGUAGACUAGGGCUGGGUAUCGUCACUGUAUCCC